CUCAAAUCACCAACCAUAUCCACCAUUCCAAUAAAGAAAAACUUCAUUUCUUACUCUCUCACAGUCUCACAUUUCGUUACUCUUCCAUUCAACCACUAUGACCUCCAUCGCCCUCAAAUCCUUCCUCGGACUCCGCCAAUCCUCACCAGAAACCACCCAUUUCUCCUACCGUCCUAAACUCACCACCCACCGUCGAAAAUUCACUGUCGUUGCAGGAAUAACCAGCCCAAAACUCGAUGGUCGUAACCUCCGUGUCGCCGUCAUUGGCGGUGGCCCAGCAGGUGGUGCAGCCGCAGAAACUCUAGCAAAAGGUGGCGUUGAGACCUUCCUCAUAGAACGCAAAAUGGACAACUGCAAACCAUGCGGUGGAGCCAUCCCUCUUUGCAUGGUAGGGGAGUUUGACCUACCGUUAGACAUCAUAGACCGCCGUGUCACAAAGAUGAAGAUGAUUUCUCCGUCGAAUGUCGCGGUCGACAUUGGUCGGACGCUUAAGCCUCAUGAGUAUAUUGGUAUGGUACGCCGUGAAGUGCUUGAUGAUUAUCUUAGGAACCGGGCUAAGGAUAAUGGAGCGAAUAUCAUAAACGGGUUGUUUUUGAAAAUGGAUAUUCCUAAAGAGAAGAAUGCGCCUUAUGUUCUUCAUUAUUCUUCCUAUGAUGGGAAAAGUGGUGGGGUUGGGGAGAAAUGUACCUUGGAAGUUGAUGCUGUUAUUGGUGCUGAUGGAGCUAAUUCUAGAGUUGCUAAGUCUAUUGAUGCUGGUGAUUAUGAAUAUGCCAUUGCAUUUCAGGAGAGGAUAAAAAUUCCGGACAAUAAAAUGGCUUAUUACGAGGAUCUUGCGGAGAUGUAUGUUGGCGAUGAUGUUUCUCCCGAUUUCUAUGGCUGGGUAUUUCCAAAAUGUGACCACGUUGCUGUUGGCACUGGCACUGUGACACACAAGGGAGACAUCAAGAAGUUCCAACUGGCAACCAGGAAAAGAGCCGAGGACAAGAUCUUAGGUGGGAAGAUCAUCCGAGUGGAGGCUCAUCCUAUUCCAGAACAUCCAAGGCCACGUAGAUUGUCGGGAAGGGUCGCGCUCGUGGGCGAUGCUGCUGGCUACGUGACCAAAUGUUCGGGAGAAGGAAUCUAUUUUGCAGCUAAAAGUGGAAGGAUGUGUGCCGAGGAAAUCGUGAAGGGUUCAGCGAACGGGAAGAGGAUGGUUGAAGAAGGUGAUUUGAGAAAGUAUUUGGAGAAAUGGGACAAGACUUAUUGGCCUACUUACAAAGUUUUGGAUAUUCUUCAGAAGGUGUUUUACCGGUCCAAUCCCGCUAGAGAAGCGUUUGUGGAAAUGUGCGCGGAUGAGUAUGUGCAGAAGAUGACAUUUGAUAGCUAUUUGUACAAGACUGUUGUACCUGGGAAUCCAUUGGAUGAUAUUAAGUUGGCUAUCAACACCAUUGGAAGCUUGGUUAGGGCUAAUGCUCUAAGGAGGGAGAUGGACAAACUCAAUGUCUGAGUUAUAUACAUAUAUGGAUAAAUUUAUCUUUCAUUUUUGCUUUUGUAGUAAACAUGAUUGAUGUCUUAUAAGUGUUCAUUAUCUAUCUGUGUAAGCAAACGGAUUAUUUUCAAGCAAUCCCAAUAUAGAAUGGUGAUUGGAGCAUAGCAGAGGUUGAUUGAAAAUUGAAAGCAGUUGUAAAAGGUUAGAGCUAUUACACCUUUGUAUGUGGUAAUAUUAGUUGGAAUUUAAGAGAUUUGGUUUAUGCUGUA